AGGCAUCAUCGUUACCUGUCUGACGGGUCCAGCUGAUCUGAGUGAAAAUGAUUCACAGUGGCGUCCACCUGAAGCUGUGCCGCCGUGUGUAGGGACACCAGUGAGAGCAGCUCAAAGACCUUUUGUUUCAUCAAAUGGCAGCUGGGACCACCGGUUUCAUAUCGGACCUGUCUGGAUGGAGGAGCCUCUGAAACGCCGUCAUGGCCAUGGAGAGCGGUGUAUCAAAUACCUGUGACUACAGCCACAAUGUCACCUUCUUCUACAGCUGGGUGGGUAAGAAGGUCAGUUUGGGGUGGACGACGCGGGACUUUGUGGUGAUUGGACUGGGCUUGACGGUGUGUGUCAUCGUACUCCUGGCCAACCUGAUGGUGAUGGUGGCAAUCUUCGUGAACCGCCGCUUCCACUUCCCCAUCUACUAUCUCCUGGGCAACAUGGCUGCAGCAGACCUGUUUGCCGGUAUUGCCUAUGCCAACCUGAUGUUGAACACGGGCCCCUGGACCGGAAUGCUCACUAAGGAGCAGUGGUACAUCCGCGGGGCUCUGAUCGACAUCAGCCUGACGGCCUCCGUGGCCAACCUGCUGGCUGUCGCCGUGGAGCGCCACCAGACUGUUGUCACCAUGCAGCUGCACAGCAAGAUGAGCAAGCGUCGGGUGGUGCUGCUGAUGGUUUGCAUCUGGGCUGUGAGCAUCAUCAUGGGCCUGGUGCCCACAUUUUGGAACUGCGAGUGUCAUCUGGAGGACUGCUCCACCGUCGCUCCCCUCUACAGCCGCAGAUUCCUCAUAUUCUGGGCGAUUCUGAACCUGCUCACUUUCUCCAUCAUGGUGGCCAUGUACGCUCGUAUCUUCAUCUAUGUAAGAUAUCACAGCCAGUACGUGUCUGAGCACACCUCGGAGAUGCAGCACAGCCAGACUGUUGUCAACCUGAUGAAAACAAUCUCCAUGGUCCUGGUAAUGACCCACAUCUCUGCAGGCGCCUUCGUAAUCUGCUGGACACCCGGCCUUGUGAUUCUCUUACUGGACGGGCUUCUGGGUAAAGACAGCCGUGCCAAUGUCUACGAGAAGUUCUGUUUGGUCAUGGCUGAGUGCAACUCUCUGGUCAAUCCUAUCAUCUAUACCCUGCGAGACGCCGAGAUGCGGAGGACCUUCAAGGACAUCCUGUGCUGUCUGUGUCAGAGAGGUGGUGAUAAGCAGAGGGAGCCUUCACCUGUUGAGGUUGACUCACCAACACCAGAGGAAACUCUUCUCCCUGUCCUGAAGACAGAAGAUCAUGCCUUGCGUGCAUCUCGGGACAACAACAGUAAAGAAGACAGUUGGACUGUACCAGGGGUAUGAUGGCUGUAGGCCUGCAAUUAUCCUGAUUUUACUGUCAUCUAACCAGGACAGUGUAAAAUUAGCUGAUUCUUUUGUUUGUUUUUGUUGUACAUCAGCAAACCUCUGCCAAACUACCUCUCUUCCAUGUUUGCAUUUGUAAAAAAAAAAAAUAUAUAUAUAUAUAUACAUCAAAUAAAAAGCUGAAAAAGGAUUGAAUCCAUGUUGGACAAAUGCUGUCAUUUGCCCAGGAUAGUGUUUUCUCUAGUCUCUGCGAGGCUGACAGAUUCACAUAUUAAUCAUCAGAUGGUGCAAUCUCUCCUUUUAUUACAUUUGACUAUCACAAGAGCAUUUGUGACAAAUUAUAAAAUGAAACACUCCUAAAAUCUGAAAUCAAAUACUGAAAAAUCACACUAAAUCAUUUUUAUUAAUUUUCUAAUAAGAACACUACAAUUUGUCAUAUUCUUCCUUUUGUUUUACUCUUUCUAGAACAAUUCUAAAGUUGAGGUAUAAAAGGAGUUCAUACAGACUCACAAGUCUGAAAACAGUGGGGGUUAUAUACAAGAGAAAUGGAAAGACAGAGGUAGAGAGAGGGGUAAAUACAAGGGAAAGAGGGGAGAUACAAAUAUACUAAUAAAAACAAAGAAAUCAAAAAGGUUUAAGACAACAUUUGAUGCUGUGGAAGUCAUUUAGUCACUUGCAGAAUCCAAACAAGAUUUAAACAUGAU